AUAUUGAUAUUGAGUAGUACCGUACAUAACCUCAAAGAACAUUAUGAUACUUACGAACAUCGCUAAACAAGUAGUGCGCACGAUGUCGACAUUUCGCUUGGCGUUGGUACAACUUGAAGUAAAUGAAGUAAAAAGCAAAAAUAUAGAGCGGGCAGUUUCCUACAUUUCAAGCGCGAAAGAGCACAAUGCCGAUAUUAUCGCUCUUCCUGAAUGCUUUAAUUCACCAUAUGGAAUACAAUAUUUUCCAAAAUACGCCGAGAGUAUUCCUGAUGGUGAAACGAGCGUUGCUUUAUCGAAGGCAGCUAAAGAAAACAGCAUUUAUGUAGUUGGUGGUACGAUACCUGAAAUAGAGGGCGAUAAAUUGUACAAUACCUGUACUAUUUGGGGUCCCGAUGGAGCUUUGAUAGCAAAACACCGGAAGGUACAUCUAUUCGAUAUCGACAUUCCUAAUAAGAUUACUUUCCGAGAGAGUGAUUCACUCAAUCCUGGUAACUCUCUAACUAUGUUUGAUGUGAAGGGCUGCAAAAUAGGUAUUGGCAUUUGCUAUGAUAUUAGGUUCGAGGAAAUGGCACGCAUUUAUCGGAACAAAGGUUGCCAAAUGCUGAUGUAUCCAGCGGCAUUCAAUAUGACCACUGGACCACUGCACUGGUCAUUACUUCAGCGUUCCAGAGCGAACGACAAUCAAUUAUACGUCGCCUGUAUAUCACCGGCUCGUGUUCCUUCAGCAAGUUACGUCGCAUGGGGACAUACACAGUUGACCAAUCCCUGGGGAAAGAUCCUUUACGAUUUGGAAACUCAAGAGAAUAUGGUGGUCACCGAUAUCGAUCUGAAAGUUGUUGAGGAAGUAAGGGCUCAAAUACCUACAUUUUCUCAGAGACGUACAGAUUUGUACGAUACUGUCUGGAAGAAGGAGUAAUUCUACACUGAAACAGAAAAUGUUUUUUUUAUAAUAUUUCUACCACAAUACCCUCUUUUUAUGAAUUAUUACUAAUUACUUAUCAUUUGUACUAAAUGAAUGACUCAAUUAAAAAAACCAAAACGUUAUAAAUAAUAAUCUGUGUAUCUUGUGUACCAAUAUGUAAUUGGAUAUUGCAAUAAUAUAGGAAUGUGCUUGAUCAGGGAUAUAAUAAAGGACACGUGAAGACUA